AUGACAGAGGUGGAUAUUCAACCAGUUAUUCAUGAGGAGAAACCGACAGAACCGGCUCCGGAGGAGCCGGAGUGGUCGGCGGAAGAGCUUCAUCGCCUGUUGGAUCUGUGCACAAGGUUUAGGGAAUGGUAAGGACUUUUAUUUUUGUGUUUUUGCAAGUUUAGAAGACAUUUGGGAUGUUGUUGUAGGUGAAGAUUGGUUUGGGUUUUUUCGGGGAUGUCGAGGAUAAUUUAGUGGGUGAAAAGUGCCAUUGUGUGUUCUCUGAAGUUUGUUUCUGCUUUCUAAAUCAAAUUUCGUGUUUUUUGUGAUUGAUUUUCGGGGUUUAUCCAAGAUUUCCGAUAUUGUACUAGACAUCGAAAAUUCUUUUGCAAAUUUAAAAUGUUUAGACAUAAUGAAAAUGCUGAGGUUCAGAUUUCAAGAAAGCUAGAAGUGUGAAGUCGCUUUUAAAUUUAUUUUAACUUUAAUUUGUCUAAUUGAGACUAUUAUAUUCCACUUGACAUUACUUUUUUUCAGGACGGAAAGGGCGACCAAACUGAAUGACGAAUUCGGCUCCAAUCAUGACGAGAACUUUUUCACAGCUGAUGUAAGUCCUUAUGCGUUUUAUUCAUUCGAUUUUUAGACCUUGCAACACAAAUUCAGCCGUCUCAGCGGAGAGAGUUGCGGGAAGGAGCCAGAUAUGGAGAUAAUAGCGUGGAUCAAGCAGUUUCUGAAGAGAGUAAGGUUUAUUGGCCUUUGUGAUCCAUUUAUGGGUCAGCUAACACAGUUUAGUGCGACUUUUUGACAUUUUUCUUCAGGAUUUAUAUUACACUUGACCUUUCAGACCACAACUGAGCGAAAUUCGUCUGGAGAUGUGGCAAAGAUUGCUCGGAUUCGAAGACAUUUUGAGUUGUGGCAGCAUGCGUCCAGAGGGAAGCUGACAGACCAUCAACUCGAAGAGAUUAUGGGAAUUCAGCUUUGCAAGCGGUUUUUAAACAGCGACGAUUUCCCUGAAAACGAGCCGGAUAAACAGCAAUGGCUUGACGCAGACCUCUUCAGAUCCAAGCUGAGCAAAGAUGAAUGGGUUAGUGUGAGUUUUUUUAAAAUUUGUGUUCGAUUUUUAGGCGAUUUUAUAUUAACCAUGGCAGUUGAUAUUAUCCAUGGAAUUUUUCAGUUGAGAAAUCCGGAAGAACUGAUCACGCGGCUUAAGAAUCAGACGGUGACUAAAGAGAGGUUCUUGUUCGAUCAUCCGGACCUAAUUAAAGCAGAGAAAGAGGCCGAAAGACUUAAAGUAAGGUGCAAUUUUGAUUUUUUUUAUAAUUUUGUUAAUUUUUUGGAAAUUUUAUGGUGUAAAAUCGCAGGAAAUGGAUUUUCAGAAGGAAGAGGAAGAUGCCCGACUCAUGUCGCCUCCAGAACUCAAGCGAAAACGCACUCAACCACCAAGCCCGGCGGUUCCAGAAAGUCCAAAACCAGAAGAAAUUGCCCCGGUUUCGACUGGACCAGACAUCAUCAUGAUCCCACCGGAGCCAGAAGUUGUUAUCAAGCGAUUGAAAUCGCCAGAACAGCCGUCCACACCGGUUGCAGUGAGCUUUGAAUCGAAGGUGGUUGAGGAAGAAAUUUUGCCCGAAACUCCGAAAGAAACCGUUGCUGAAGAGCCGGUGAAGGUCGAGGAGGAAGAGAAAGAACCUACGAGUACAGAACAGCCGGUUGCCAAACGGUAAGAUGCGAUUUUUGAGGAGAAAUAAGGUUUUUUUUGAGGUCAUGUCUAGUGUAAUAUCGGAAAGUCAGAUUUUUGUGGAAUUGUUAGGAAUUCCUAGGGUUUUAGGUUUUUUAAUGGUGUAAUCAGGUAUUAGCAGGUCUUGGGAGGUGAUUUUUAUAGUCGUUGAUUUUUAUAUUUACAUUAAUUUGGCAUGUUUUUUACAAGAAAAGUACUUCUAUGGGGUAUGGAUUUACAGGUCGAGACAUAUAUCAAAAGAAUCACAAUUUUUUUCUGAUUCAGAAUAUGUAAAAAUUAGAUGCCCAAUUUUGGUAUGUAAGGGUGAAAAAAGCUUCAGAACUUUUCUCGCAGCACCAUGUAAAUGCCUUUUUGACCAAGUUUUUACCAAUUCAAAAGCUUUGUUUUGAGCUAAAGUAAACCCUGGAAUCUUGGCCAGCCUUAAAAUAUCAAAUUUGAUUAAUACUACACCACAAAAAAGCCGCCUUUUUUACGGUGGAACUGCUAAUUAAGGUGGGUAUUAAUCAAAUUUGAUAUUUUAAGGCUGGUCAAGAAGAUGUCAGGGUUUACUUUAGCUCAAAACGAAGCUUUUGAAUUGGUAAAAACUUGGUCAAAAAGGCAUUUGCGUGGUGUUGCGAGAAAAGUUCUGAAGUUUUUUUUUCACCCUUACAAACCAAAAUUGGGCAUCUAAUUUUUACAUAUUUUGAAUCAGAAAAAUUUUGCGAUUUUUUUGAUAUAUGUCUCGACCUGUAACUCUAUACCCCAUAGAAGUACUUGCAUUGUAAAAAAAAUUACCUUGUUUUAGGCUCCGUGGCCGAUCCGCGACCGCCUCGUCCGAUAUCUCCACCCCAACCACCUCAGCGCAGCCCAGUCCCGCCGUAACUCCAUCAACUAGGUCCUCACCACGACAUGUACCAAUCUCGCCACAGAAAGAGAAAGAACCCACAUCGGAUUCGGAGAAACGCACGCUCCGGACCAGAAAGCCGGCCGAACGCCCCGAAUCCCCGAAGAAAGUUACCCCGAAAGAACCUGAGGACAAAGAGCCACCGAAGAAAGAGGUCCUGGACAACGGAUUCGAACCGGAGAGUGGACCAACUGAAGGUAGGAGAUGGUUUUCUUUGAGGGAAAGACUUGACCCAUUGGGUUAAGUCUUGCAUUCUGAGGGGUUUUAAUUAUGGUAGAAAUUAUUGGCAGAGCCUCUAGGGACAGUUUUAAUUCAAGUUUAGUAGGAGGGAAACAGUUGGCUCGGUUUUGGGUCAAGUGUUGCUCUCAAUAUGAAAGGCUGAAAUUUCGAGUAAUUUUUAAUUUUUUUAUUGAAUUAUGAGUAGAAUAGGCUGUUUUUUGGAAGAAUUGUGCGAGCAGUCACUAGUUUUUGUUGUAUUUUUUAAGUUUUUUAUAUUGUUUUAGUUGAAGAACCUCGUUUCGCGGCCCCUGAACUCACCCGCAGCUGCUCAGUGGAAUGCCAAACGCUUAUUACAUUUGUUCGAAUCAAUAAGCCAUAUUCUACAUCAAAUCGCGUCAGAAAAUUGGAUCGAAAAAAUUCGGCGCCAAAAGAAAUCGGAGACACUGCACAGUGCAGUCAAGAAUCCUCCGAAACUCUGAUUAAAACUGAAAAUGGUGAGUAAAAAGUUUUGGAUUGAAAUUUUUGAGCAUUUCAGACGAUCAAAUUGUGGAAUUCCCGAACGUCGGCCUCCAAACUGAACCAUUCGAUCUGCGAAAAAGUCUGGACGAAGAGAUUUUGUACGUCGGAGAGAAUAUGGACGAAGCAAAGGUCUUCGAAUUGAUUGGCCCCCAAAGAGAGAGGUCCGAACAACCGGAAACACCGAAAGAACCGGCCAGAAAGCGAAGCCGAGCGCGUCUAUCGGUCCCGGAAAAACCCAGGUCCAGCAAGGAUAAUGUAGAGCCAAAAUCGGAGAGAAAGUUGAAAAUUGUCGUGGAAACAGACCUAAUUCCCACAUUGUAUCCAUUUUUGGGGAAGAUGGACGAGAAAACGGAUGAAGACCAGAAAUCGGAAGCGUCGGAUACCUGUAAGUCUAGUGCAAUAUAAUUAGUCCUGGGAAUGGGGAAUUUGGUGAGGAAUAUGAAGGUAAUUGGGCUUCUGGUGAUCUUUCAGGCCGUUCUUUUUGUUUUAGAGCAUUUGCGAGGCUUUUCUCGGCAAGAUUUUCAAGAGAGAAACAGUUGACCCGAAAACUUCGCUUUGGGUCAACUCUUCCUCUUUAUCGAAAAAUACGGUUUUGAGUGGAAAAAGAUGGUUAAUAAUGAAUUUAAAUAAUUUUGCAAGAAUUUUCAGACCGUUCUUGUUGUUUUAGAGCACUUGCGAGACUUUCUUCGGCAAGAUUUUCGAGAGAGAAACAGUUGACCCGAAAACUUCGCUUUGGGUCAACUCUUCCUCUUUAUCGAAAAAUACGGUUUUGAGUGGAAUUUUGAAGGGGGAAUUGUUUAAAUUUGGAUUUAAAUAAUUCCGUAAGACUUUUCAGCCCGUUCCUCAUCGAAACGCCGCUCCGCAAGACGGUCUACAUUACCAUCAUCUCAGGAAAGCAAAAAGUCGCUGGUGAAGGCUCCAAAACCACCCACAUUGUUCCUGGAAUCGGCGCAUUUACUGAGAAAUCCGGAUGCUCCGGUUCAACAAGCGUCGACUAGGUCCCCACACGACCCGAUUAUAAGAUCAGCUCAUAAUAUUAUCCUGCAACAAAAGUCGGCCAGUGAUUUCUUGGAACCGGUCUCAUCUGAUGUUCAAAACUAUCAUGAGUUUGUGAAAUUGUAAGUGGGAAGGUUUUGAAGCGAUUUGGGAGAGAUUUUUUGAUUUUUUUUUUGAGGAAUUUUUAUAUUAUAGUAGGCAAAAAUUGGUCAAAGUAUAAGGAAAAUGACUGUUUUCGGAAAGAUUAGCGAUUGAAAUUUGUGAACCAGACAUUAUUUGUCAUUUUCCAGCCCUAUGGACUUGUCGACGAUACAGAAAUUCAUCGAUGAAGGACGUCUGAAGACAAUGGGAGAACUUCAAGAAUUAUAUAAUUUGAUGUGCGCCAAUGCCAUUAUGUUCAAUGAAAACGGACACACGGUGAAUUUGGAUGCCAAAGAGUUGAAGAAAAUAUGUUUUGAGACGAUUAGGGUAAGGAUGUUGCACUUGUUUUUAUGGGGGAGGUUUGCCUAAAAUAAGGUGAAAGUGAAGUUGGCAACUUGAUUUUGAAUAAGAAAAAAGUGUUUUGGAGAUUAUCAAGGCUAUAAAAAGAAGUUUUUUGGAGUUUUGGCAGGUUUUGAAGCCUUGAAACAGAAUGCCAAGUUUGGCGGGAAAAAUGAAAUUUGAAUUUUGAUAUCUAAAAUACGUUGGAAAAGUGAUAUUUUUGUCGGAAAUUUAGUCAGAAACGUUUUUGAUGCCUUUUUUUACAGAAUUCGCACUAUUUUUUAUUGUUUUAGGAGCUGGUCUACGCCCCACAACGAAAAGUCACCAAACGUCACUCCGUCCAGACCAGCCGCUUCAGCACCCGUCGCCUGACCAACCAGCCAACCCCAAAAGUCACUCCUCACCACGCGUCACAACCACACUUGGUGCCAGGCACUGCGAAACCGGCCCUCCCGUUAACCCGGAGGACCUUUGUAAACGCCGCAAUGUAUCGAACUCGUCGAUUCAAACAGGAAAAACCCGAGGAACCCUUGAAUACGACGGCUCCCGCAAUGUUAUAA